AUGGAUACAAUAUUUUAGCCUAAACUCGUAAUUAAUGCAGAUGAUUUUGGGUGGUUUUAAUAAAGAGAUGCUGGCAUAAUUGAGGGUUUUGAGACUGGGGCUAUCAGUUCAACUUCAGCAAUAGCUAAUGGAAACUAUUUAGAGGAAAGUUUAAAUAAGAUUAAAGAUUGCAAUUAUGGAGUUGGGUUGCAUUUAAAUUUGACAGAUGGUCCACCUGUUUAUAAAGAAAAUAUUGCAGCUAAUAGUUUAGUGGGAAAAUACAUGUGGUAUCCUAACGAUUAUGAAGAUUAAAUAUAAAUUGAUGGGUUUCAUGGGCUUUUUCCUUUACACUCAAUGAUUAAGUAAAAUAAAAUAAAGGAAAUUGAUUUAGAAAAUGAAAUUAGAGCCUAGAUUGCUAGAUUUAUUACACUUCGUGGAAAACUUCCAACUCAUAUUGACGGUCACAAGCAUAUUCAAAUGAUACCAUUAGUUGCAAAGAUUUUGGGAUGCAUCAUGACAAGAGAGUUUGGUAUUUAUAAGGUUAGAUUUUCUUUUGAUGAAAGCGAAAAGUUAUCUAAAGAUAUGAAAUUCUAAUACGAAGAAUCUAUUAAGAUAUAUAAGAGCUAUGGAAUAAACUCUACUGAUUAUUUCUUUGGUAAAUUUGGAGAUGGAAAAUUUAGUAAAGAAAACAUAAUUAAGAGUUUAGAUACAUUUCGAAAUAAAUUAAAGAAAUCAACAAACAUAUCUGUUGAAAUGAUGUGUCAUGUUGGAUACCCUUCUGUUAAUCCUCCUAAGUGCUUUUCUAGUUCAUAGCAAAGAGUCAAAGAAUUAAGAAUUUUAUAAGAUGACAGUCUAUAAAACUACAUCAGAAAUAAUUACAAGCUAGAAUCGUAUGAAGAAAUAGAAAAUUAAGAAAAAAUAAAAGAUAAAACCUUAAGAGAAAUUCUUUAAAUUAAUCCUAAAAAGUAGCUUAUCUUAUCUUAUUGUAACUUAAAUUUAGAAGAAGAUUGUCUGGACUCAUUGGAUAACAUAUUAGAUUUAUUGAAAAAUACAAAUGAUGUAUAUUUUGUGCAAGUGAAGGGAUAGCAAUUUGAUAAGAAUUAUUUAUAAUAAUAUGUAAAUAAACUGAUAAAAAUUAAACAUGAAAACUAGAACAUCAAAGAUAGAAUAAUUUAUGUGCAUACUUUAGAAAAAGACUAAAUUAUAAAAAGUCUUAAUGAAGUAGAUAUAUUUUUAAGCUUUUCUCCAAAUGAAAGUUCUACAUAACUAGAGAUACUGAAAGAAUGCUUGUCUAAAAAUAUUAUUUGUAUUGCUAGAAAUACAAAACUUAAUCAAACUAUAAUAUAAAAUGAAUAAACUGGACUUCUAUUAAGUGAUUGUCAUAACAUUAAAAAUAGAUGCCUAACUGUUCUAUCAAAUAAGGAUUCAAUUGCUUCUAUUAUAAAAAGUAAUUUGAAGUCUUUAAAAAUAAGCUAAAAUUAGAACGAAGCUAUGGACGAAGAAUAAAAAUAAAAUUACUGA